AUGUGGUGGAAUAGAUUACUGGCAAAGGUGGAGGCAAGAACCAGAAAAUCUCUGGCCUCACAAUACACCGAUUUGGAAGGGCUACAGUCUCACUUGGCACAAGCCAAUGCUGGGCUUAUAGGAGAGACCUUACAUUCCUUAUUUACUCAUCCAGUCAGGCUGAUGUGGCCCAAGAACAAAUGCUUUGACUAUUUGUACAAUGAAGGGCAGGAACUUUUGGCAGCAUUCCCUGUACAAGCCACAAUCACCUUCUAUACUGAAUCAGACAGUGAGGAGGAAGAGGGGGAAUCUGAGGAGGAAAAUGAAUCAGAAGAAGAACCAGUCAUGGCAGAAGAGUACUUUGAGCGAAAAGAAAUGAGCGAUGAUAGACUAAGACAUAGUGACAUAAUAUAUUAA